ACGGUUUCCACUCGCAUUCGAAGUUGAACCUCUGCCGUGUGAUGAGCAGUUGAGAAGCGAGCGGAGACCGAGUCCGUCGUUUGAGAGUGAAAGACCACUGCACUGAACUGUUAGUGUGAGAACUUGAGUGUGUGUGUGUGAGAAAGAGUACGAACGCGUCCGCGAAGCAGAGCAAAAGAACGAGAGAGAGAGCGAGCUAGAGGUGUUUUGCAACCUAGCAGCAGCAGUAGGCCCCGACUGAAAAGGAAGGACAAGUGUGUGAACAGCCAGUCAGCCAGCCAGAGCCAGCCAUCUUGGAAAAAAGUUGAAAUUCAAUUUUCGUUCCACUAAAUUGCUAGUUUGUGCGCAUUUUGUGAUCCCUGCGUCGUCAGAAACGAAACCCCCUUGUGAUCUGGAAGUAAUUUAAGGUUUGCAACGCUAGAGUUUGGAAAUUUCGUGAUACAACUACUUCGAGUUUUUUUUGCGACACAAGAAAAGAUAGUGCCAGUGCUGAAACCUUUUCUGGGAAGAAAAACCACCAUCUUUGAGGUAGUGUGUCUGAAAAAGUGCAAAUUUCGCGAAAUUCAGACCAUCUGUGAGCGCAGUUGUUGAGCGGUGUCGUGUCUCCGAGGGGUUUUGCAAAACGUUGUGGUGAAUCGUGAAGUCGGCUCGAGCAAACCGAGCGAAGAGCCCCAGAAAUAUACCGCGCACAGCUAGGCCAAGAGUGUUGUCGUCGAGUGGCACCUUUUUCGGAACGAACCCGUUCAAAGUUUGAUGUUGAAAAGUUGCCGAAGUUGCACCGUACGAAGAAGUCGCGAUCUCGCCCGUCAGUCCGAAGCCUCGAGAAAAUGAGAAUAGAAGUCAAUUCGGCCGCGGACUUUGUGAUGAACUUGUUGCGAGUGAAAAAGGCAAAUCCGCAACUGAGCGAGGGUCAACUGCAGCAUUUCAAGGGUUCGCUGGAGCAGAUUCUGACGCGUCACUUUGCCCGCCACUGGUAUCCGGAUGUGCCGACGAAGGGUUCCGGGUUCCGCUGCCUGCGCAUCAACGGCAAGAUGGACCCGAUCAUUGAGCGGGCGGGCCACGCCGCGGGGCUGAACACGGUCGCGCUGCGGAAGAUGCUGCCGCUGGAGCUGACGAUCUGGAUCGAUCCGGAUGAGGUGUCGUACCGUAUCGGCGAGAACGGUACCAUCUGUGUGCUGUACGACCAACAGCAGAGCCGUGCCAGUCCCUCGUCGGAUCUCGACUCGACGGGUAGCAGUAGCUGUGAUGAGUUCAUUAUGGAGCGGGUCGGCCGAGUGGAUCUGUCGAUGUCGUCGUCCGAUAGUGGCACUAGUGUUAUGGUAGAUUUUAUGGUCAAUCCAUCGAAUACGCUGGUAACGCAGGGCAGCAAGCACAACAAGUACAACAACAGCAACAAUCAUCAUAAUAAUCAUCAUUACGCGAAGCGUCAUAACAACAGCGUUAGCUCGUCGUCUAGCGGACAAACUAGUCCUCCCCUGAGUCCCCCAUUCAACGGCUACAACAACAACUACAACAACAAUAGAUAUCAACACAACAACAACCAACACACCAACUACUACUCGCCAUCGGUUCACCAGCAGCAGCAAUACUUCCACUGGGACAACCAGUUCGUCAACAACAAAGUACGUACCCAAUGCUAAAUUCCACGUCGUCGUACACCUCACCGGAUCCACUCUCUCUCCCUGCCGAGACGCGUUAUGAUAACACAAAAAACACCUUUAAAACGGUUAAAUUAACCGAAAACUGUUCAUAUCAAGCGCGGGCUCUCGAAACGGUACCGCUGUACCCCCGAUUUCCCAGCAAGCACGCUCGUCGGCGCGAGAGGGAGUGGAUUACGGUGAACGUGCAGUGCAGUCAGCAACACCACAACAACAUCAGGCAGGCAGACAGGCAGAGAGGCGUGAGGAGGACACAACUUCGGAACCACAACCCACGACCCCCCAAAUAUGGUUAGACCAUCAACCAGUGCGCGCGAGCGCUGUACUGUACUUUUAAGCUUAAGGUUGCAUUUUUUUUAACUGUUCGAAAUCUACGACAAAACACACAGACACACUACUAUAUGAUAAUACCAUAUACAUUUGUAACAUCUCCCAUUUGUGCGCGCGCGAUAUACGAGAAUCAAACCGUAAACAAAAGUGUUGCUGAAUUACUUAUCUUAAAAAAAACAUCAUUCAAUUACAAACAAAAAAACUAGCAAGAAAAAACCCUAAAAUCAAAGGAUAACAAUCAUGGAAACAACCCCCCCAUUGAAACGCAGAAAAAAAUAACAAGAACACGGAUACAUUUGAACAUGGAACCACGGCAAAACGAAUAAAUGGAAAACUGAAACAGGAAUCUAUAUAAAUAUAAUUAUGGUAGAAAUAACGCUUUAAAGCUGCGAGUCGUCGGCGAGCUGGUCGUCGCCGAAGGUCCGCUGCUGUUGCGUUUGACCUGAACUCGGGCAGUACGAAAGCUUUAAAGCAGGCUAAAUUUAAUAUCAUCAAUCUCUCGUGUGAGGUAUAGUAGGCAGUAACGAAACACAGAAAAAAAAGCUAAAAAACCCCGAGCGGAGAAAUUUUCGUAACAGAUGAAACACAGAAAGUAUAAAUCGAUGUGGUGUGUAUGUGGCUCUUUUAGCUUGAGAGGUAGCUGGUAGACGUGACGAGGUGUAGGUGGAUUUUAGGGAGAAGGUCGUAGAGGCAGGAGGCGACGUUCCACAAACAGACCCCUGGAUGUAACAUCGCGUGUAGUGUGGUAGCACACAAAAUGGUCGGCUCAGAACCCUCCGAGAGAGAGAGAGAGCGCGAGUGAGAGAUUGGCAGCUCGGGAGCACCAGAAGAGAUGCAUUUACGGGUCUCCCCAGCUCCAGCAACAUUACGGAAAAGGUGUAAUCACUGCGCGAAUCGUUGUGUUGUGUUCGAAUCGUUCCCAGUUCUGCUUCUGCCGAACGGCAGCUCUGCUGCUGUUCGUCUUCUUGUUCCGUCGUGUGUUAUGCAACGGAAAUCGGCCUCCCUUCUGCACACGCUGCUUCGCAGUGGUAACGAACGGCUGGGCAGAACAACAACAACAACGCUGAACCUUUACGGAUCACCUGUUGUGUGCUGCUCCUCGAUACGCUCUAUUGUUCGCGCUGGGUAGAAGGGGAGGCAGAAUAGGGAACGGACGUGACAACACAAAGCGAACACCGGAGCGAACACCUUUCAAGCCGACCGACGAAGGGUAGAAGGAAGCUAGAAGGAAGAACAAAAAAAAAAGUGUGUGAAGAAAGGCAAAGGGAAAAGACAAAAAGGUCAACCAUUGACGACGAUGGCGAACGAGAGGAGAACCAGCGAAAACCGACAAAAAGGAUCGUGUGUACGGCAAGCCAUAAAUAGUGCCAUCUGAAAUGUGUGUGCGUGUGUGCUUGGGCCCGCAUCCCGUUGGUCCCUCGAUACCCUAUAGGGCUAUCGAGGACAGGGAACAGAUGUGCGUGAAGCGAGCCCGGUUACAAGGGAAGGAUACGACGAGGGACGAGAUGAUAAUGAUCGCUCGCGAGCUAUUAAGGAAAAGUCGACUCAGCAGGCUUGGUAACCAUCAUCCAUCACACAAGCGAGUCGAAAACUGGUUCCGUGCGGUAGUAGUGGUGAGAGCGCUCGCGUUCUUCUUCGCUUGUAUUGGUGCAAACGUCACUGCUCUCGGCAGUGUACGUGAGCAAAAUAAAGUAAAAAAAAGACGAAAACGAGUCAUUUGUUUUUGUCUAGCUUCUUCUUUAUGUCUUGUUUUUGCGCGAGCUGACGUCGUGUCGACGUCGUCUUCUUGUGUGAGUCCGCGAGGCCUCAUUCAAUACGGUCGCGAUGUUUUUGUUCGCCGUAGCAGCCCCCCUUUGGGGGUGACUACGUGACGAGUUAAGUGUUUCUUCAAACUACCACCACGCACACACUACUACCCACGGCUCAAAACCUGUUUCUCGAGUACUACUCGGCCCAGACAGAUGGGUUGUAUAAGGCCCCUCGUAGCGUACGGCUACGGCAACAUGGCGUUACGAGCGCUGGCUUCUUCGUCGGCUUCUUGACGGUGGUUACCACCAGCCGCCUCGAGGCAGUUAAGUAGUUACCUCGUGGAGAGAAAGGAAGUCGCGCUAGAUGAGUCAUCGCGCAGCGCUCUAAAUGUCAAAUUGAGCUUUCGAAACACGCACACACAGACACAUUUUGGGUUAAUUUUAUGGCUUGCAGCGCGCGGUCCACGACGAGGAAGUAAAGAAGAUCUAAUAAUAAUUGUAAACAACACAAAGACCCACCGUCCAACAAUAAUCCUAGGGAAUACGCUAGGGAUUGCAAAUCUACAUGGAAGAAGGGAAGAACCAAGGAAGAGGCAACCUAACGUGGAACAAAUCCUAUACAUUAUAUGUAUAUUCCAUAGUUUUUUUUCUCUGUACUAAAUCGUUGAUAAUCUUGCAGCAUAGAGUUGUGGUUUAGGUUCUACUUCCUGUGUGUCCUGUCCCCAGGAACAUCAAUUUCGACCAAUCUUCGGGGGUGCUUUCGCGGAAUCCGUGGUACGAGUCCAAACAGCGAGUAAACGGUACAAAGUCACACAGCAAUCGACGAACCCCCCUGUUCUAGUAGCUUUACAAAACAAACAAAACACAGAGCGCGCGCGUCUUCCGCGUUUGCACACACAAACGUCGUAGCAUCAAAACCAACGAUCUCUCUCUGGCAGGCAGGAAGACAGAAGCGAACGACUGACUGUAGAGAGCAAUAGACGAACCAACAUGGCGGACGCGGAAUGAAUGCAAACGGCUCCAAGCGGUGCGUGAUUUCCUAGUUUGGCUGUCUCGUGCGCGCGUCAGAAUGGUUCUGACAGUUGCCCACCUUGCGCCGUGUACGCCUUGGCGCUUCAAAACCUUCAAGGCUGACGAUGUCAGAGGUGGGCAAACGUCAAAUCGGACCAUUCUGACGCUGCUUGAGGCGUUCUCCCCGGGGGGAUGUCCCCGCCUCUAAUCUUCGGUAGAAAGUUUGUAGAAAUCACGGUGCAAACCGAUUUGCCGCGGGAUGCAGUACCGCUGCACACAAACUGCCCCCUCCGGGAGCUCCGUCCGCGGACGCCACAAACAUGACAGAACCAGUUUUGCGCUCCGUGUUUGUUUCGCCUGCAAGCUGCGGCUACCGCUUUAAUUAACGAGGAAAUGUUCGGAAAUCGUGCACCGUUUUUCCAUCGGAUAGUUUGCGGCAAACCGCCAUCCGCUACCGUCACACACACUCAUGCAAAAGCGCGCUGGAUUUAUUGAUUUCUCUAAGGCACGGGCCGCCGCCGACGUCGCCAUAUUUGGGCCGGAAUGGUGCGCCAGAUAAACAAUCGCAGAUAGCGGUGAAAUCAACCUUUCCCCACGUCGUGAAAGCGCACGACGCUUUCCAGCGAGUGAAAUGUCAGUCGCCAUUGUUACCGGAGGGGGUGAGGCAGUUUGGCAAACCCUUUGACCUCUUGACAUUUCCAUAUCACAUCUUGCUUUGGCAGUGUGGCCAAACAAUUCGCCGCCGAAUCGAGGUCGCGCAUCUAGUUAUCUAUGCACGAACUAUUGUUCGUGUGUCAUCUCAUGGCCUCCGACUCCGAUUUGGGACGACUUCCAAUCCUUCAAUGUGCUUCGCGAGCGCGAACCAGAAGCCGUAGGAAUUAUAAUUUCAAAUUACUCUUUUUUGUUGCUGCUUUGCAGCGCGCGCGUCCAAAAUGGCCGCUAUUUGCAGCUGUCACUCGUUGCGUGAGUGCAGUUUUUUUUUCGCAAUUAGGCGCUAUCUGCCUGUUGUGAUGUUCUUCAACGAUGAUGGCGCUGAACAACCGAACCCGUUCAGAGUUAUCUCCCUCGAAAAAAAUAUUCAAUGUCAGCGCGCGCGUAUUUCAAGGUUUCCGACGAUAUUCCGUCUGGCAACCACGAAACAAACAAAAAAAGAUCUGCGUUGUUUCACACCAAAUUUUACAACCUGAAGGUGACGUGUUUGGAAUACGUCAUCGUUUGCUGAACUCUUCCGCGCGUGAGUGUGUGUGUGCGCGUCCGCGAAUCUAGUUGGCCGAGCGACUUACGUCAAUGUCGACACGACAUUCUUGACAGCCCUGUUUCGCGUGAGAGUGCGCGCGUCAAUUAUCGCAAAACCGUGAGAAUGUGAAAUUCUUGCUCGCGUACGCGAUUGUUAUCAGCGCGAUCGGACUUUUGCUUUCGAUUGGGCCGGAAACCGCGAUAAUUAGACGCCAUUACACACACACACACACACACACCAUUAGCUGGGCGCUUGAAUUUCGCAGCGAGCAUGUGUGUGUGAAAGCUAGAACGGGGAAUAGCUGCCGGGAAUUGCGUUUUAGCCGACUUCGAUGCGCAUUAGAAGAGUUGGAGAAAUCCAGCGUGCGAGCGAGCGCGGAUAAUCGACGUAAUCGAAGCCGUCCAAAGUCAGCUCAAUGUCAGUGCGUCAAAGUCGACCGCUCUCGUCGACCUGCCUCCAGGAAAAACAAAACACUCUAGACAUGUAUAAUAUUCUGAACCUGUGAUGACUUUCUUUAUAUAUUUUUUUUUGUUAUUUUUGUAGAAAUGAUACGCUAAAGUAGGUUACUUGUGAAUUUUCAUUGUAAAUAGCAAUUCUUUCUAAUUCGAUUUUGAACAAAACUCAAGAAAAGCUUGAACCAUUCUACUUAAAACCUUUGGUUGCGCCCUUUUCUUAGGUGGAAUUGUAUAUUUUUCUUAUAAUUGCAAAAAUAACUUAAUUGGCUGACUUUGUACCGUUACUGUGUGUGUGAGAGAGAGAGUGUCAGCGUGACAGAUGAUGAGAGAGAGACACGACCCGUUCGGCGAAAGCACCAACACAUGAUGAUGAAUAGCGUGACCAUUGUUUCGUCUGUGAAUCAAAAGAAAGGUAGCUUUAAGUUUUUAUAGGUUUAUAUUAGGUAUGUAAAUGUUUUGCAAAACAAUAACUGAGAACAGUGGAAUAUGUAACAAAAGAAAACAAAAGAGAGUACACAAACAACAUCCCCUAAAACUUGAAGUAAUACACACAAAUACACACAAAAAAUUCGUUAAUUUACUAACGACUGCCAUUUUAAGCAUAGUGUGCAAACUAUUUAGUCCACCCGCUGAACCCAGCUGGGAACACUGGACAACUAGAGAGAGCGAGAUCGAGCGAGCGAGUUAUACAUUCGACGAACGAAUUUUAAAAACCCUGUUUUUUACGUUUUUGUACAUAUACUGACAUUUUUGCGAUUGUCACAAAAUAAAAACAAACAAACGCGCGUGUCUUCACCGAACGUCAACAACAACAACAUUUGGCGCACCUCCCACAGAGGCCCAUCUAUCGGAAAAUUUUCCCUGAAAAAAAAUAAAAACUAAAUCAUAACAAACCCAAGCGGGAAGCCCACCGUGUCCUGCGUGUUGUAUUGUUUAAAGUUUUCUAAACAUAAGUUUUUUCCUAACAAAAACAAAAAAAAGUAGCCAAAAAGCAAAAAUAUUCGAAUCUGUGAUGCAACACACGCUCCGUGACGUCACUCAUCCAAGCAACAACCCCUUUUUUUUCGAGAGAGUAGAGAAAAUGUGCUGCUCAAAACUGCGCCGCCAUCUUGAAUGUUGGCGGACGCAGUGCGUGCGUCAAUUUGCGUGUGUCGCUCUUUGGUUGACACGCAGCUUCAAAAAUAUGCUAAAUUUAGAUGCAGGACGCGAUGAUUUCGUUCUGCGAAAAAUUAAUUUGGGAAAUAUUUCGGGUUUUGCUGACAAAUUCCAAUGACUUUUCAGCAGAAUCUGAUUUGUUUUUCUUGAAAAAUUUUAAAACGACAAACUUCUAACGUAGUUUCAAGUAAAAUUUACUCAAUUUUGGCUUCGCCAUCAAUGUUCUUCAAAUAUUUGUUUUUCAAUCAUAUUUUUAUUUACAUCUACGGCAAAACUUUUAACAGUGUAGCGAGCGUUUGACAGCUUGUUGCACGCUUAAGGGGGGGUUGCUCACUUGUGGAGAACUCACCCAAUUUUUUUAUUGCGAUUUUUGAUGUAUUCAUGCAACUUUGCGUUGCGUUCAAACACGAUUCGACGCGUUCGAAACUCGUGCAGAUUAUGCUGCUGGAUGGUGAUGCGCGAUUGGGCGUGCCUUUUCUGGCGAAUUUGAGCUCCAAAUUCAAAAGGAUUACGAAGGAGAGUAGAGGAGAGGAACGUGAAUUUAACUGUGAUUUUUCGUUAAGGUGACAUGUUGGCACAAGUGUGUGGGUUACCUUAAGAUCGAACGACCUGUAGAUUUUCCUUUGUAUAGUUUUUGGAAACGAUUCGGGGAAGUGUUACUUUGUAAUUUAAAACAAAAAAUCAUAAUUUCUCUCUAAGGGAAAACAAGCAAGGACUGACUGUUAGCGAGGAACCAUGGGGUGCAACCGAUUCAUACACACAGACGAAUAUAGGAUACAAAUAGGCACACACACACUGAUACACACAAAAAACGUAGGUGAUAGGAUCUCUAUUUAGGAAACCACAGAAAGAUACGAUAUUUUGAGGUGUGUGGAGAAUAUUUUCCGGUACCUGGGCUAUGAUGCGUGAACGUGAUUUAGCUGCUAGGAACUCUGCCCCAUCUGUGAUCCGAGGGCGGGGAGAUCUGGCGAGAAGUAAUAAGAAACACAAAAAUAUAAAAAAGUGAUAUCUGAAAGUCAUACUUAUUAGUUUAAGGUCUCUUUGUACAAGUCCGUACGAGCCAGAACAAGAAGCGAGAACAUGAGAAAACGAUUUAUGUAUACAAAACUUUGGACGAACUCUGUGUAUCGUGCAAGCAACAAGUCAAUCGUGUUGAUUUAACAACGCCAACCACCACCACAACUAUAUAAAUUUACACACACACAUGGCAACAACAACAACCCCCUGAAAAGUCUGAAAAAGUUAGGUUAUUUUGUUCGUUUUUUCAUGAAAUAGAUCGGACGAAUAGAAGGAGAAAAAGAGAGAGGAGUAUAGUAAUUUGUUGUGAUUAAUAAAAUAACUGAUUAGUAGAAAAUGAUGACUCACGGACGCUUAAUGGAAUAUAUUUGAAUGUGAUAAUAUAUAUUUUUAUAUAUUUGGAAAAACCAGAAAAACAAAACAAAACAAACUCUAAGAACAUGAAGUAACGGUUACGAAACAUAUGAAACACAACAGUGCUAAAUUUUAGGACGAAAACCUGUACAAUAAUGUUAGCGAAACAAAGAUGACACUCGUAGAUGUUUAUAUACAAACAAACAAACAAACAAACAAAAGAAUCCAACGCAGAACAUCAUACGUUACAAAAUUAAGAAACUAACCUGGACUAUACAACAAGAGCAAACAUCCCAUAGUAGAAGCAAACAGCAACACAAAAUAGAAGGUUAAAAACAACACCCUGCUCCAUUUUUGCCGAAAAUGGAACUACAUCCAAAAUGUGAUCGUUUAGUAAUGAGAGAGAAAGCGAAACAAAGAGAUAUCAGAAGCUACUUUUUAUAUAGAGCGCAAAGAAAGAGAGAACAAAACUAUUUAUAAAAAAAUACUAUCACAUUCAUUGAUAUUUUUAACCAGUAAUCAUUUUUUAAAUAAAGAAAAAUAUAAAACAUAAAACCAAAGCAAAGCAAAAAAAAGUAUCAAAAAAAUAUCACAGUUUUCAGUGCAAGAGGAACCUGCUUUCAUUUGUCUUUACCCACACUAGUACGGUCUUGGUCGGUUGUCACCUUUCCUUCUUUUUCCUCUACAAAACCCCCCUCUCAAAGCUUGAUUUGAGCUAAAACUCCCCGUCGAGCCAUAAUGCCAAAAUCGUGACAGUCGUGAUGCUGCGCGAGAGAAAAUCAAUUUAGCGUGCACGCCGCUGCCGCCAUCUUUGUUUUCUCGGUGCACCUCUCGCCGCCGUCAAAUUCGGGCAAACAAUGGCGAGAUUUGGUCUGGUCUGGUCGAUUUGUGAUCGCCCUCGUUGCUUUGUUCUCCGAUUUCCAGCUGUCACUUUUUCCUACCACUGCAAAGCUGGACUCCAUUUUCAAGUGUGCGACCUCGCGGGGUCACCCCUUAAUUUUGCAUUGUUGUGCACCCAACCCUCGAAAUAAAUCUCCGAUUUGUUAUAGAGUUGUUAGACGUUUUGAAGUCUCAUACCGGUUCGUGCUACACCCUCGUCGAAAAUGAGUCAGAAUUCGUCGAAAUCAAAUUUGUUUUGAUGUGAGUUUUGAGGCAAAUGUCAGAUUUUGGGUAAUUUCACGCGAGUUUUAAUUAAUUUUGGGUAAAAUCAACCCAAAUCUGACAUUUGUCUCAAACACUCAUUUCGACGAAAUUCGAGUAACUUUAAAUGAGCGUGUAGCUGUCAGUUUUUAUCCCAACUUUGCGUGGUUUCUGUUUUCGAGUGCGCGUACGUGCUAGUCAAACUGUAGGUUAACAAAUAAAAAAAAAUCAACUCUUGUAUGCGAGCAUAGUUCCUAGAAGGUCCCGGGGCGAGGUCGUGCCCAAAGUCCACACAAAAAAAAAACUCUCUUUUGUGAUAUUCUGUCAACCGGACACACACACACACACUGGGUAAAGACAAGUGAAAAACAGUUCACAGAAGAUCAUCUUGCAGCAAGUGAGGAAGUAAUGUUUGCUCUUAUUUUUGUUGAGACACUUUCGAGGAGAGGUGAACUAUUUAGGAGUACGGAUAAAAGUCUAUUCACAAUCCAAAACAGAUGAACGGACGAAUUUAAAGCAAGGCUGGAAGUGAGAGGGAGAGAGAGAGAGAUGUAAAAUAUUGUUUUAAAUAUUUUUUGUUCUGAAAGAGGGCGUGUAAGCUUUUAUAAUAUUUACACGAAAAAAAACUGCUAAAAUCUUAUAGGUAACUCAAAAUCAAACUUAAAAAUCUUUAAGGUGAAAGAUCGAGCUAGUGACGAACGAGAAGCGAGGUGUAGUAAAACAUAAGACUUGAAGCAAAACGUACAAAUUACUUAGUAACUCGUUUUUAUAUAGAACAACAUAUAUAAGCAGAGAGGUACUGAUUACUACGACCGCGAGUAAGACAUUGCGUGAACAAAAAAUAUCAUGAAAAGUUAGCGAUCGACAUCAGCUGUGUAGCAUUAUCGACAUUUUGAAACAAAAUUUUGGCUAAAUAUUUUGUUUGAAAACGCUUUUGAUAGCCAGGUUAUGUACACCAUCUUUAAUUACGCAAAUUUCACCAAAUUGAACCUACUCAAAAAUGGGUAUUUUGUCAAAUGUCAAAAUUUAGUAAAAUUUACCCAAAUGUUGACAUUUGUCUGAAAUUUGUUUUUUUUGUACAGAUUCGGUUCAGAUGAAAUCUAAGUGAUUUCGAACGAGUGUGCACAAUUUGGCUGUCAAAUCGUGCACUGUAAACAAAAUUCUGCCAUUUUGGAUGUUUUUAAAAGCAGCCUUCGACCCAAUUCGUCGUUACUACAGCAUUCGCCCACCGCACAAAUUUUGGCAGACCUAGUCAAAAACAACGCAGUAAUCGACUCCCUUUCGCAGCCUACUACGGCGUGACGGGAGUAUCAAGCAACCACAAAACAAAACAGAGGAAAAAACUCGAUCGAGACUUUGUAGGUGCGCAAAACAAGUUUGGACACGUUUGAGUAAAAAAAAGGGGCAGAGAAAAAGAAAGAGAGUAAAAAAAACUGGAAAGACAACUUUUUCGGCCAACUUUUCCAUUACAAAGGCGACGUCGACGAGAACUGGUUUUUUGGGUUGUUUUGAUCGCAGGAAAUAGGGGAGAGGGGCCCGGUUUUGACUUGGUGAACCCAUUUUCGACCCUUUUAGGGCGAAAAUUGGUUCGCUGGGUGGAAAUGGGUGUCGCUACCUUGUGGCUCGCUGCGUAGUAAUAGUAGGCGAUGAAGGGGAAAGAGGUCAGAGUCAAGUUUUGGACGGUUCGAUCAGAAUACUAUAAUAACGAUGAAUAAUAAGGAGAAGGCAAAAAGAUAACAAACAAAAAAAUCACGCAUAGAAAUGACAGCUUAUGAACACGUAUGAAGCGACUGAAUCAGAGAGCUUUGAAAGUUUAGGAUUCUUACGACAAAAAUAUGGGAGCGAUUAACGAGUGAGUGAGGCUUUGCUUGACAGGAUAUCUGUGUUUUGGAUUAGGAAUACGCUUUUGAGACGGAAUGUGUGCGUGUGAGAGAAAAGCAGGCAUUUGUUUUACUUCAUCCUUUAAGUUUAAAAGAGAAAUAGUUUUCAAAUGAUGACAACCACUUGAGAAAAUGAAUAGUGAGGAGAACAAAAGAGCACAUUUUAAUUUUAUGUCACCGGGAUGAAUAUCCUGAAAACAACAACAACAACAAAAAGGCAAAUAAGAAAAUGCAGACUCCGAAUGUACAAAUUUUAUUGCUAUUUUAAACGAAGUGAAUGGAAUAUAAACCAACCCUUGAAAGAAACAAAGUGGAAUCAUGAUUCUCAUCAAAAUUAAGUAAACACACAAAACAAACAAAAACACACUGACACGAAACUGAAUACUAAUUAAGCGAAACUAUGAAAAACUGUGAUUUAGUGGAAAAGAAUACGAAUAUUUAUAUUACAACCGGGGCGAGAUCAAGCAACACACGUCAAACUCGAGUAAUUCGGUUGAAAAGUAUAAACAAAAAACAAGAAGAAAAAAAUUGCUAUUGGUUUUUUCUUGAAAAACGCAUUAUUUUAUUAAGCAACAACAAAUGUUAUAACAAAGCAGACAAGUAACAGCUAAACACACAACAUUAACAAACUGUGAACACACGUAACUUUUAAGGGAGAUGCAAAGAAGAAGAAGAAGAAGAAGGCACGCUAUAAGUAGCAAACUGUGCGCGAUACAAAACAAAAACAAAAUCACGUGUAAAUAUUACAAAUUACAAAAAUGUUACAUAUGUGUAUAGAGAUGUAAAGAAAAACAACAUACACUCAAAGCAAAACAAAAAUCACACAUCCAUACAAAAACACACACGCAAACCAACAAAACCCCAUCGACCUGUUUUUCGACGCGAAAGUUCCGGCUUUGGGCCCACCGUGCAGCGGCCACGUUUUCGCUGGUUCGCACCCAACUGUCACAGGGCCGGGGCUUUCUGUCAGAAAAAAAAAUGAAACAAAAACAAACAAAAUCAAGUGCGUGAGAGGGUGAGCAACAAUAAAAAAUGGAAAAGAUGCAGUAUUUUUUUGUAAUAAAAAAAAGCAAGUGAAAAAUAAAAAAUGAACUGAAAAUUGUACAAAAAAGAGGAAAAAUUUUAUAAGAAAAUUAAAACCGCAAGCGAAAAAAUAAAAGUUAUCAAAAAACCGUUGUUGAAGCAUUUAUAUACGUAAUGUAAAUUUAUAGAAACUAUAGUUUUUAUUAUUUAAAAACAACAAAACUGAGUGCAGCGCGGCAUGGACAAGAGCUGCCGCCGAAAGGCUGCUGCAAGGUAUAAUCUUUAUGUAUAAAAACAAUAUAGAUGCAACACAAACACAAAAAAGCUAUCAAACAAGAGCGUCAUGCAAAGGAGAGACUAAAAGCUCCGUGUAUAUGUAUAAUGUAAAUUUUUCGCGGAUAAGAGGGUUUAUGUAGAUUGUUUCAUUAUUAUUUCUUAUUUAUUUUCUUGAUUUCGAAAGAAACCAAAUUGCUGUGUAUGGCACCCAUUAAUUGCAAUGCAAAUGACUCUUCACGGCAAACACACACACAAAAGCGAAACGCGUAAACAGCAGCGCGCUCUUCGCAAAAGUUAUCACACACACACAUACACGCAAAAACGAACGAAAAAAAAACGAUCAAGAGUUUCGCCGUCACACUCACACUCUCAUUGAUGAGCCAUUGUACCAAAGAUCCGUACUCGCGAUUCACACACACACGUGUGUGUGUGUGCGAAUUGUUUGGGCAAUCAAUUUGAGUGGAGGAGACGCGUCGCAUCACAGAGGCCAUCACUUUGUUGAGGGAGGAAACAAUGGAAAUUGUACACACUCACACACACACACGCUUAAAGAUGCAUUAAUUAAACAUGGAAGCAAAAAUUGAAGAAAAACGAAACGAAACGAAAGGCAACAUUCAUUCGAUUCGUACAGUAGUAGUGCAUUAACUCGCCUAACGAGAGGAGUUUCGUCUUUGUUUGUAACUCUGAAACAAGUGUAAAAAAUUUCCAAUGAAAUCAGAUAAAACCACAGUAAAAACGUAAAUUGAAGAAAUUUAAUACCCGAUACCCCAUUGUUUAGAUGUGACCUACUAUUCUACCUUAACAAAACAAAAACAAGUAAAUACACAGCGAAAGGUGACGCUGAGCAACACACGUUAAAUGGAAAUAAUAAAAUGUCAAUACACUUUUAAAAGUAAGCUGCGAAGCAACCAUAAAACGCAAACACACAAACAUUUCACUGCAAAAGCACUUUUACGUACAUGCUAGUUGUAGACUAACAUUUUCAUCUUUUGCGACACCCAAAAAUAAUAAAAAACAUUGUAAAUUGAACCAACCUUUGCAAGUCAGUGCUAAAUGAGGCAAAUUUAGAACGUCAUUAUUUGCAAAACAAAACAAAUUGUAAAUACAAUCACAUACACAACAAUAAUCUCACCUUUCAGUAGUAGACACCUUGGAUGGACCCCCGCUGUUAAUGUGCAAAAUUACACUGUUUUUUCCCACUUUCCACCUUCAAAAAACUUCACCCGAAUGUCGUUUUUCGUUUCGUGUUUUUUAAACCUUUGGUGUUUCGUUUUUUUUCCUGGAUAAUUUUCCCUGUUUCCUUCCGUCCCGUUUGGACGACAUUUCAUCCUGACUGAUGCACCCACGGCCAGUUUGGCGCGCUUUCCCAAGCACACCCCACAAACGACUAUUCUUUGUUUGAUUUGUUCUGUUUUUCUCCAACGAAUUAGACGUUAAACUUAAACAAAAAAUGGCUGAACUUUUCCUUUUUGAAUUUUUCGAUUUGCCGUCGAGAAAGCUGCUAAAAAGAGUAAAAGUGUCACACGAAACAAAUGUGUUUUUUUUUCUCAUUGAUAAUCGAAGCAAAAGAAGAAGGCUAAGCAGAAGUAGUGUGAAGAGAAAGAGAGGCAAGAAGCAUCCGCAAAGAAACACAAACAUACCCUAGCACAGAUAUUUGUGUACUGUCGAAAAUUAUGCAAAGAAAAUGGUCUUUUUAAAAUACACACAGAACUCAACACACAGUAAUAGCAAAAGAAACCCCCGUAAAGUAACCAUCUUUUAAAACAACCCGAUAACGAGCACAUUUUUGCUCUCAUUUCAUUACAAAGACAUACCAACACAUGUGUAGGAACAAUGUAUCGACAGAACAUCAAAAAAAACCUCCAUUGCAUUGUUUGUUCCGUAGGUGUAUUUGUAACAUUUUUUCGAAUAAACCGCACUCUCACAAACACACUCAUUCAAGCGUGUGAGAAAACAAUGAAGGUCAUACGCCCCCCUACAUAACUCAUCCCCAUACAAAAAAAAGGAAACAAAUCAUUACGAUUUAAAGAAAAAUGUGCGCAAGCAUGAUGCUUUUUGUUGUUUUCUAUUAAAAAGGCACGACGACCAACAACCUGCGAAAAAAAAAGAAAAAUGAAAAAAAGAAUAUCCAGCUAACACCAUCACAGCUGAGAAGUGCCGAACA